GGCUUCCCAGCUCUGUCUCUCGGUUGUAAUAAUCUUGUUGCACUCCACAAGCGGACUCUCCCCGCCAGCAGAGCUCUGCACGGACCCGCCUCAGCCUUCUGGGAGAUGUAGUUCACCUUCCUCGGAAAUUGUGUGGUGUCUCUGGUUCCUGUCACAUGAUUGGUCUCUGACAUACGGAUAAAACUCCCCAAAAUGAGUACCUUCAGAGAGAUGGCUGAAAUGUUGCCAUUGAAAUGAAGAUUCUGUCCGCUAUACCCAAAAUCUAAUGGGAGAAGUUGCAAAGUAUGGAGCAAGUGGUUACAUAUUGUACAGAUAUAGAUUCAGAUCAAAACUCAUUGUCCAAUGUUUCUCUGCAACCCUACUAUCAAACCGGCAUUUUCCAGGAACUGCCAAGUCACAAGGCAGUGAGAAGAAGAACAAAAUGUCUGUCUUCCAAAAAAGAGUAUUCUUCAAUUCGCAACUCAGGAAAUGAGACUUCAAAUUUACAGUUCAUAUAUGAAGAGGUGCUGCUAUUUGAAGAUAGCAAACAAUGCCUGACAGACCUUCCUAUUAAUUUGGCAGAGAAAAGGAAAGUGAGAGAGAAGAGAAGGUGUGAUAAUGGAUCUCUCAGCAGCUGGGAGACUUGGAAGCAAAGCCAGCAGAAAUCACUGAAGAGGCUCAUGGACGAAGUGACACAUGUCGUAUCCUGGUUAGAACUGUGGAAGAGCUCUCUGAGUAAAAUAGAAGGUCGAUAUGGCACCGGCAUCCAGUCAUACUUCACCUUCCUGCGCUUUUUGAUCUUCUUGAAUCUUUCCGCCUUUCUUUUGGUUAGUGGUUUUGUGCUCGUCCCAUCCAUCUAUAUCAGCAAAAUGAAGCUCAAUCAGACAGCCACAGAGCACACGAGGAACAUUUCUUUUACAGCACCUGAAUGUUUCAAGUACGAUCCAUACCUUCAUGGCUUGGUUCCUUUUUAUGCAUAUAUCUUGGAUCUGUUCUCUGGAACGGGAUUCGUGGAAGCUUCCUAUAUGUUCUAUGGCUAUUAUAAAUUUGAUGUACACCAGAACGUUAUCUAUAACCUCCCUCUGGCCUAUCUGCUGACCAUGGUCCUCUACUUUCUACUUUGUCUUUGCUGGAUUAUUAGAAGGAUCGUGAGUGGAUUUAAGCAGGAAUGCAUGCAUGAGACGGGCUACAGACACAGUGCCAAAAUCUUCACUCUUUGGGACUUCUGUAUCAAGGCAACCAUUAUGGCUACGCUUAAACAACAGAGCAUUGUAAAUGACCUGAAGAUUGAUUUGCAAGAGCAAAUGUGCAGGAGGAGAAAAGCAGAGCGAAGCACAAAGGAGAAAAUAUUCCUCUACUUCAUCCGUUUUGUGCUCAAUCUGUUCAUCAUGAUUUCAUUGACUGGAGCGUUUUACUGCAUUUACCAAGCAACUAAAUCAUCUCAACAAUUCCAGCAGAAGGGACACGGAAGUGGGGAAAUUUAUUUUGUCUUCGAAUUCUUCAUGGAAUAUCUUCCAUCCAUUGUCAUCUCCAUUAGUAAUAUUCUUCUGCCAUUCUUAUUUCGGAUAAUUGUCCGAUAUGAAGAGUAUCCGCCAAACACUGAAAUCAAUUUGAUACUAAUCAGGAGUGUAUUCUUAAGGCUGUCCAAUCUGAGCAUGCUGGUGUUCUCCUUGUGGCAGCAUAUUACCUGCUCUGAUGGCAAAAGUACAGAUUGUGAAGCCUGUGGUUACAACAUAAACUACCAGUGUUGGGAGACCAAGAUUGGACAGGAAAUGUACAAGCUGAUGUUGUUUGACCUUCUAGCUUGCAUCGGUGUCACAUUUUGUGUGGAACUCCCAAGAAAAUUUGUGGUGCAACAUGCUCCCUUUGAGUUAACUAAGAUGUUGCAGAAGCAGCAAUUCCUGGUUCCGGAGAAUGUUUUGGAUAUUGUUGACGGACAAACUAUCGUCUGGAUUGGGAUGUUUUAUGCUCCAUUAUUGCCACUUCUUAACAUUAUCAAAUAUUUCAUCACUUUCUAUGUGAAAAAGCAUUCUUUGUAUAACUACUGUCGUCCUGGAAAAAGACUGUUUCGACCAUCCAGCUGUAAGGUUUUCUUCCAGUUGAUACUGCUGUUUGGACUGGCUGCAGCAAUUGUUCCUAUCAUUGUCAAUGUAGCUACGGUCCAACCAUCUGUGUCAUGUGGUCCAUUCCGACACUAUAAAACAGCCCGGGAAAUUAUUCCAGAAGUGGUGUCAAAGCUUCCAUUAGAAGCACAGAACUUUCUGAACUACAUUAUGUCAGAGCACUUUAUCCUGUUACUCAUCGUUGUUUUAUGUAUGUUGCUGACAACAUUGGUUUCUUUGGUUCAAACUAACAGAAGUACUAUUACCCAGCUGAAAUGCCAUUUAGCCCUGGCAGGAAAGGAUAAACGAUAUUUGGUGAAAAAACUAUUGACACAUUCUCAGCAUCCAAGAGAUGAUCACUUUCAAGAUAGUUCAUCCCAAAGUUCCAAAGAUAAAUCCAUAUCAUCAGCUGGACUUGAACCUUUCAACAAUGGAACUUUAUCAAAGAGAGAAUCAGUUAGUUGCCAGUUUCAAGAGAAGUAGCACAAUUGAGCGAAGGGAAGAUAUUGUGCAGUAUCUUACACUGUUUAUGAAAAGACUCAGUAAUGUUUGUCAGGUGCUUAACCUCCCAUGUUUGUUGAAAAGGGUUAUCCUAAAAAAUUUGUAUGGUUGUGCAUCUUUUCUUUCUGUAUUUUAUUCUUUUGAAGUUAGCAACCAUUUUUAUAUGUAAUAUUUUCUUAGUAAUACAUCCUGACAAACAUUUUGUGUGCAUUGGUACGGAGGUUCCCGGGGUGUUUUGGAGCUUGGUCCAGGGAAAAGUUUUGAGUAAGAAUGGUCCGUUAUCAAGGCCAGUUACAGUAUCUGAUAUAUGACCUCCGCUGACAGAUGUGAAGUAUCAAGAGAAGAUUUGAAGAUAGUAUCAAGACUUUCCAUGGGUCUUUCUGUACAAAGUGUUUCCUUUCAAAAAAUUUACAUAGAAAAAACUAUAGAGGGAGAGACAGUUGAUGCCAUUAAGAACUCACCACCAUUGUUUCUAGUUAUGCACAGAUAGCCAACCUAAGGACACUCUAAAAAUGUUUGGAUUGUCCCCAAGCAUUUCCUAAUAGGCCGUGCACUUCCACCCAAAGAACCCUCAGUACUGAAGCAUGUUAAAAUUACUGUCAAUAUAUGAAGAACUCAGAUGUAAAGAUGCUGUAACUUCCUGUAAAUACUGUAAUGAUUUUUAGCACAGCUGGAUCAAUAUGAAACCAGGCUCUGAUUUAUCAUUUACAUAAAACAAAUACUGCAUUUA